UAUUCAUAUAGAUUGAGCGGAACUCCGUAGCUGGGAACUCUUCGUGAGCCGGAGGGCUAAGACGAGUUGUAGUCCUCCUUCAAUGCUCGAGAUGGAACGCACACGUGGUCAGAGAGAGAGAGCAGGUAGAAAGGCUGUAUAGGUUGAAUCGGCGUUCGUCAGACAAGAUUCAAUCCUGCGCGUGCAUCUACUCGCAAAAGAGGCAUGGUAUAGAUUACGCAAGGUUAUUUUUUGCUCAUCUAAUGGUGCAGGACGGUAGAAAACCGUAGAGCGUGGCGAGGAUAGUGAAAGUGGACAGAUGAGAAGGUAUACUCACAUUGUUCUCCUCCGGUGCGAGAUUUGCCUUUAGCUGGUCGUACUGUUAAGCCAUCUCCUCCCUCGCGUGAUCAUACACGGCGGCGUAAAUUUUCGUUGCGCUCAGGCAAGUCAGAUUCCUUCGCGUUCGCUUCGUACACGAGAUGCUUGACCUGAAGAGACGAGUGGGGCUGAGGGAUCGGAGAACGGGAGAGAACGCCUGGUAGAUGGGGCGAUGUGCGCGUUCCAGCGGGUUCAUCGAUGCGCUUCCCCCGGUCCUGCACGCCAUAUUCUCGCACACGCGACGGCGAUGCGACUUCACAGGCAUGUGAUUCGCCGUGAUGGCUGGGGGACGCCACGAAGACUAUGACGUAGGAGUCGGGCCGCGCGACUCCAUAUACGGCGUUGCCUGCUCUCACAGACGACGACCUCCGUACCCACAGGGCUCCUAUCACUUUCUCUAACCACCAUGUCAGGCGAAUACGGCACGACAUACACACCUCCGCCAGGACCCCCGCCCUCUCAAACUCACGCCGUCCACUACGCCCCACCACCAGGGCUUCCGCCGCCGCAACAGUACCUGCAGACAGCCCCGUCAGGCGCAGACCCUGCGAGCACAGAGCCUCCGCCGCCAUACACCGCCAAAGCGUCCGACCCUCUGCCAAGUUGGGCCCAGGCGUCCGCAUCCGUGCGCGACCUCUCCGCGCGGUACCCCAUCUUCGCGCCAGACCACGUCCCGCUCGAUCCGCCACCGCCGUUCUUCAGCACGCCGUCGCCGCGGCGCAUCCGCUCGCGCAGCUUCGCGCCCUGGACCGUGCCCUCGCGCGGCCGCAACAUCGCCGACGGCUUCCCGGUGCUCUACAACGACGUGCUCAAGACGCACGGCAUCGCCGAGGACGACUGGGCGCGGUUCGUGCGCGACCUCCAGGUCGCGGCCCGUCUCUCACUCUUGGGCCUCAACAUGCGCGGCGAGCGCCAGCGCAGGGCGUCGCUCUCCGGGGGCAUACUUGGCUCGGUGAGAGGCAGGGCGUAUGAUGCGGCGUUUGUGAAGAGCCCGCUCGAGCAGGUGGAUCAGCUGGUGCAGAUAUACAAUGGGAGCGCAUGGGAGCGAAGGAAGGUCCGGGUCACGGUACGCAUGCAGUUUGCCGAGAGCGGGAGAGAGAGAUACGAGUUGCUCGUGGAAGCAUUAUAGAACGGCGUGCUUAUGUGAAAAUGCGAAAAUCGCAUGGAUCGCACUGUGGUGUAUUUGUAUCGCGCAUAUAUUCGGCAUUUGUUAUCAAUAAUCACAAUAAAAGCGUAAUGUUGCAGCGCGCCGGCGUAGCAAGGCGUCGUAUAUACAUUUGGAAAUCAAUGCGAAUGUCAAGU